GUUGCCUGAUUUUCACCAGGUAGAUAUACCUGAUCUGUGGAUUGGCAUUUCAGAUUUGGACCAAGAUGGCACAUUUAGGUGGGUGGACAAAACUGCAGUGGAGUUUUCAAACUGGAGCCCAAAUUUCCCUCAGAACUCAGCAAACCUGUGGGACUGCGGUCAGAUUUACACCGGAAACUAUGCUGGAAAAUGGGAAACCACGAACUGCUUUAAAAACCUGGGAUAUAUUUGCAAGAUGCCUGGAGGACAGAAUGUGAAGCCCACAGCGGCUCCAGACUCACACUGUGAUGAAGGCUAUCUGCUCUUCGGUGAACACUGCUAUCACUUUGAGACUGAAACAGUCAAGAACUGGCAAGAUGCAGAAAAUUACUGUGUGGCUCAGAACGGACACCUGGUCAGCAUCCACAACCAAGAAGCCGUCAGCUUUCUGACAGCACACAUGAGCAGAUCUUCAUGGGUGGGUCUCAAUGACAUCAACAGAGAAGGAACAUUUGUGUGGAGCGAUGGAACUCAAGCAGACUUCCAGCCCUGGGAGACGAACCAGCCAGAUAACUGGCAGAAUAAUGAAGACUGUGUUCACAUUCGAGGGACCGAGCACCAGGACACAGGAAAACUCAACGACCUGCCCUGCUCAUCCACUUACCCCUUUAUCUGCCAGAAAGGAAAAGGUCAAGGGCCACCGCCUCCCCCAACAUCUGGUCCAGGCUGGAAUGAGAAGUGCGGCUCCUGGGUUGCGGACCCGUUUAAUGAUUACUGCUACCUGUUUAUUACUCUGUCCAUGAGGAAGUGGGCCGACGCUCGUGCGGAUUGUGUGAAUCAGGGUGGAGAUCUCGUCAGCAUCACUGAGCCGUUUGAACAAGGUUUCAUCCAAGCUCAAAUCCAGUCGGUUCCCACGGGAGUUUCUCUGUGGAUGGGAGCGCAUGACUCCAUCACCGAGGGAGGCUGGAUGUGGACAGACGGCUCUCCGUUCCGCUAUAUAAACUGGGCUUCAGGAAACCCUGAUGAUUAUUAUAAUGAAGACUGCCUGUCCAUUUUAAUCAACUCUGGAACGUGGAACGACGAUAACUGUGAGAACAAGAGAGGAUAUAUCUGCAAGCGUCGCGGGAACACACCCGAGCCUCCUCCGCCGCAUGAUGGUUUCUACACAACAUACGCAUGUCAGGACUCCAGCUUGGUCCUUCACUGCCCCCAGAACAGCGUCAUCAACAUCCAGUCAGCUUUUUACGGGCGCCACAGUGACAAGAUCUGUCCGUAUGGAGACGGAGCCUCUGGUGUGUGCACUGUUGAGGGCACGCUGGCUUUGGCUAGGAAGAACUGUGAUAACAGAGAGUUCUGUUUCCUGUUCGCUCGCACUGACUCUGAUCCCUGCCCCACCGUCUCCAAAUACCUGGAGGUGGUCUUCAGCUGCGAGCAGAACGUGUGUGUGAGAGGGCUGGGUGUGGAGGACGGAAACAUCACUAAUUCAAUGCUCUCGGCAUCAUCGUCUCUCAGUGGAAAAGGACCAGAUAAAGCUCGACUGAAAGGGAACUCGUGCUGGAUGCCCUCCACCUCUGCAAACUCCUGGAUUCAGGUGAAUGUGGGUCAGCUGAAGAAGAUCACAGGGGUCGUCAUUCAGGGCUGCCCAUCUUCAGAUCACUGGGUCACUAAGUUUAAGAUCCAGACCAGCACAGACGGCCUGUCCUGGAAAGACUACAGCAGCGACGGAGGGGAGUAUCCAGGUUCUGUGGACAGGACGAGUCCAGAGACGCGUUUGUUGGGGACGCCGAUCUCAGCGCAGUAUGUUCGGGUUCUGCCGCUGGAGUGGAACGGUCAAGCAGGGCUGCGACUGGACAUUUUGGGCUGCUUACCGGACUACGCUGUGACUUGCAGUGCAAAACCCAACCUGGACCACUCCGUAGACAGAAUGACGGUUCACUGUCCUGCUGGUUGUGCCAGGGAGCCGUAUUCUGUGUACGGGACAGACAUGUAUCGUGGGGACUCUAAUAUCUGUGCCGCUGCGAUUCACGCUGGAGUGGUUCUCAAUGACAUUGGAGGAGACUGCACUCUUCUCAAAGCUGAGGGUCAGAACUUUUACAGCGGAUCCACCAGAAAUGGCAUCGUAUCUAGACAGUUUGAUGGGCUCUACUCUGUGUCGUACCACUUUACUGAUGGAGAGCUCAGGUGUUCUGGUCCAGACUGGUAUGAGUUUGGAGAGUUCUGCUAUAAGCCGUUUGAGGAGAAGAAGACGUGGCACAGUGCAAGAACGGCCUGCAGGCAGCUGGGAGCCGAUCUGGUGUCGAUCCGGUCCAUGACAGAGCAGAGCUGGCUGGAGAGUUACCUGUACCAGGCCACCAGUGACGUGUGGAUCGGUCUGAAUGAUCUGGGCUUCUCAGGUUUGUUCUCGUGGUCGGAUCAUCAUGAGGUCACGUUCACAUACUGGGCUCCCGGGGAACCCAACAACCACCUGGGCUUCAAUGAGGACUGUGUGGAGAUGUACCACGAGACGGGCCGAUGGAACGACGUCACCUGCUCAGAGUUAAACACCUACAUCUGUAAGAUGCCCAAGGGUCACUAUCCUCUGCCCUCCGUCCAGCCCACCAUCUAUGGCUGUCCUCAGGGCUGGGAUGUUUUUGAGUACUCUUGCUAUUGGUUUGAAGAAGCUGCUAGAAGUCGUGAGGAAGCCAAAGCGUUCUGUGAGAGUCGGAGCAGCACUCUGCUGCAUAUCUUGGACCUGUACGAACAGGCUCACUUCACAGCUCUGAUGAGUCGGUACUCCGGCGACUGGUGGAUCGGGCUGCGGGCGAGAGGAGGGGUGGCGGGUGUCGACUAUUACUGGGACAACGACGCUUUAAUAACCUACACCAACUGGGGCCGCAACGAGCCAAAUAACCUUGCUGGAUCCUGUGUCACGAUGUCGACCAGCCCGCUGGCAGGAUUCUGGAAUAACAAACAGUGUGAAGAAUCAUUCCCGUUUGUGUGUGAAGCUCCUCGUAACGGCAUCUCUCCACCGACUCGAGCUCCGACGCUGCCUCCGGUGACCGGGUGCGAGAGCGACUGGGGCGGAGAGCCUCACUUCAGAAACUGCUACAGGCUGUUCACAGUGGACUUUGCCCAGAAGAAGAGCUGGCAGGCAGCUAGAGAAGACUGUCUCGCCCGCGGCGCAGACCUGGUCAGCAUCCACAGUCCAGAGGAGGAAAUUUUCCUGUCCAGCUACUCGAAGGGAAAGACCAAGUGGAUCGGACUGAGCGUCAACCCGGUGGAGGGAGGUUACCACUGGAGCGACGGGACGCCGGUCAGUCACACGAACUGGGGCCACGGUGAACCCAAUAAUCACAAUGGCCGAGAAAACUGUGUGGAGAUGGUGACCACUGAAAACGGGACGUCCUGGUGGAACGACCUGAACUGUGAUGCCCACCAGGACUGGAUCUGCAUGAUUGCUAAAGGAAAGAAACCCAUUAUACCGCCGGAGCCUCCGUCGCCUGUACCAGCUCCUGAGUGCGGAUCGAACCCUGGCUGGAGGAAGAACAAUGGCAUCUGUUAUUACUAUAAUGACACAGAUAUUGUGGACUUUCACAUGGCCCUUGUGAGGUGUUACGAAGAGAAAGCUCAGCUGGUGUCCAUCGCUGAUGAAGCUGAGCAGUCUUUCGUGGUCAGCCUGGUGGGCCCCGGUCAGGCGGCUGCGGCCUGGAUAGGAAUGAGAAUGUUUGGAGUUGCAGGAGGAGAGUAUUUGUGGGUCGAUCUGUCUCCGGUGACGUAUGUGCACUGGGGUCCCGGAGAACCCAAUGAUGCAAACGGAGAAGAACAGUGUGUCCAGAUGAACAGACAUCCAGGUUCAUGGAAUGAUGCAAACUGUGGACUCGCCAAUGCUGGUUACGUGUGUAAAAAAUAUCCAGGAAACGACCACACGCCACCUCCUCCAACGGCAUCAUGGGAGGGAAACUGCCCCAAGGGUUGGAUGAAAUUCCGCAACAAAUGCUACAUAUUUAAAGGAAACCACUAUCAUCAGUCUGAGAUCAAGGCGAACUGGACUUAUGCACGAGAUUGGUGCAGAGAGCAGAAAGGAGAUCUGGCCAUCAUCGAUGAUCAGAAUGAAAACGAUUUUGUGGCUAGUUAUCUCAGGGAUCUGGUUGCCCCCGUUUGGAUCGGUUUAUCUGAUAGGCUGCAUGAAGGGAAGUUUGUGUGGAGUGAUGGAGUCAGUCCGGUCUUAUACACAAACUGGGCCGAUAAAGAGCCAAACAACGCUGAUGACCAGGAACACUGUGCUUCGAUCUCCCAUAAUCACCUGGUCACGGGCCGCUGGAACGAUGAGAACUGUGACCACGAGCGAGGAUGGGUGUGCUCUAUGAAGAAAUCGAGCAGCAUUCCGGUCCCGCCGCCCACCAGCACCCCGUGUCCAUCCGGAUACAUCACUUGGUACAGCAGCUGCUAUAAGCUGGUUUCAGAGCCCAAAAGCUGGGAGGAGGCUCAGCAGGCCUGUGUGAAGGAGGGAGGGAACCUGGCCAGUGUGGACAUGAGCUAUGACCAGGCCUUCAUAUCUGGAGCUGUGCAGCAGGGCGAGACGGACGCCUGGAUCGGACUCCGCCGACUGGCUGGCAGCGAUUCGUACAAAUGGUCCGACGGCUGGCCAGUGUUCUUCACGCACUGGGGCCCGGGGGAACCGACCGAUCACGAGGGAGAAGGGUGCGUCAGCAUGCAUGCUCCCUCGCUCUUCAUCCAGGGCACCUGGAACGACACGGCCUGCACCGCCACCAAGCCCUACAUCUGCAAAAUCACUAAAGAAAAGCCGCCGUCGACGCCGGCUCCUGGAGACGGGAAGUGUUUGCCAGGCUGGUGGCCAUACGGACGGUACUGCUACUUCACAUAUAACGGAAAAGUGGGUUACUCGUGGCCAGAGGCGAGACACAUCUGCCAAGAGGUGAACGGAGGCGAAUUAGCCUCGAUUCACAGUCGAGCCGAGGUGGAGUUCGUCAGGAACAUCAACUACACCAAGUACCACUACGUCUGGAUCGGCCUCACCAGAGACCGCUCAUAUGGAUGGGGCUGGACGGAUCUGACAUCUCUGGGCUUCACAAACUGGGCUCCUGGAGAACCCAACGAAGCGUUUCACGAUGGCGACGUAGGGAAAGAGAACUGCGUGGAGAUGUAUCACGACGGCACGUGGAACGACAACAACUGUGUGCAGAAGAGAGGCUUCGUGUGUCGACACCGGCAGUAUUACGUGACCGAUGAUAAUGGGAUCGUCAUCCCAACUGACCCGUCACCGAUGGACGGCGGUCUGAUUGCGGGGGCCGUUAUCGGAGCGAUCGCCUGCGCAGCGCUGAUCCUGGCCGGGAUGUACUACAUCUUUAGUGUGAAGGGCGUAAAACCUGGAGAUAUCAGCUUCUUCAAACACGAAACCAAGAAUAUUGAUGUGCCUGCGUUCACCAAUCCGAACUUUGCUGGAGAAUCUGACACAUGAAGCGUGUGGGAUUCAUCUGCUUCUGUACAGGAACUAAAGCACUGAAAUAUGUUCAAUCAGCACUGAAACUGAAUCAUACAAGCGUCGUCCUACAGAUUAUUUUUAUUUUUAUUCUUGUUCACAUUUUGCAAAUUGUUUUUAAUUAUGCACAAAUGCAUUGUUGUGGUAUUGUUUAUUGUCUGUACAGUUGUUUUUUGAAAUGAUUUUAAAAUAAAUAUAUUUACUAAACAGCAUUAGAAAUUUUUCAUAGCUUUUUGCAUUAAUUCUGUUUAGCAGCUGGUGGCUUCCAAAGCCCCGCUUCGGGGCUAAAACACACAAACCACUGCAUCUUCAGAAAAGAUUUCAGAAAACACAGACACAAUCAAACUUCACAAGACUCUGAACGUACAUGCGCUCACGUGACCAAAACCUGAACACAAAGGAGAUCUGAUGAAACACUGACACUCCCCAACAGCAGUUCAAAAAGAUUUGGAAAGGUUAAAAAUGAUAAUUUUGUGCAGUCUGGCAAUGUAGGCGCCAGUAAUAACAGUAGAAUAAUGAACAUGGCAAUCAAGAAAACUUCACACUAUCGUAAAUGAUCUCUCACAAUGAUCUUGUUUAAUGAAUUAACGGCCAUCAGGAAGCGCUAUAAAGUACAGAGCAACUUAACAUUUUUAAGAGAGCCUUCAUCCCACUGUCAGUUGAUUUAUUAAAUAAUUGUCGAUAUUAGUUUUUUUUGUUCUGUUUAUAUGUGAAUAAGCUGUAUGUGUUAUAUCGCCUGCGAGGCACCAAAUAAAAUGAGAACAAAUAAUAAAGAAUAAUAAAGAUUUAAUUCAAUUCAUAUCCAAAUGGAUCAAGUCACAACUGUCACACAAAAAAACUAAUAAGGCAUGAAAACUACACACUUUUUUUUCUUUUCAAACUCAAUGUGAUGCACAAAACCACUUUCAAUUAAGAUUUGGCAAUCAACCACCAAAUCAGACUUUUGCCCUUUAUGAAUUUGAUAAGGUUGUAGAAAACCAACCACAUCAUGGGAUAUAAAAUAAAUACAAAUAGUUUCAUUUUGAUAUUCCAUUUUGACAGUAUUUUAAUCUUCCAAAGUUCACAGAAAGUAAAAAAAUCAUCAAUUGGGUGUCAAUCAACAUCUGCUGCUCUGGACCCAAGAUUAGGAAAGAAAGGAAAUACUGAUGCACAGGAAAUACUUAGUGCUCUAUUUAAAAAGUGCCAAAGGAUUUGACCAAUGAGGUGUCGCUAUCGUGAAGAACAAGCAGCUUGACCAAUCGACAGGCUCAAUGCUGUUCUGAAAAUCAAUUCUGCACUUGGUCAUAAACGAUAUAAUAAAUAUCUGCUAAUGCAAAUAAAUACAAUAAUGCCUCCCUGUUCCAAAAAAAAAAGAAAUAAAUUUAACCAACAAUAUUCUCAUAAUAUCCAGAUCAAGAUUAAAGUGAGACAAUCUUGAGAAAAACUCCACAGAGGUCAGAGGUCAGGCCCAUCAGCUGUACAUACAAACUGCAGUGUCAGUUUCUGUGACUGUCACUGUUUCUCAGAUGAGUCAAAGGUCACGUGACCAUAUAAAAACUAGAAAUGAAAAAUAUUUGCACUGUAAUCACACUAUUUAGUGUUUGAGUUGAUCAGAUCUAAAGGCACUUCCUUUACUGACAGUGCGUGUGUGUGUGUGAGUGCAUGCUUGCGUGUGUGCGCGUGUGGGUGCGUGCGAGUGUGU